UCUAAUUAGUUGGCAUGUAGAUGCAAUGUAGCUUAAAUUCAAAAAACGCACCAUCAAAAUAAAGUGUGACCUAUUAUGAAUAUAUACACCACAACAAAAUGUCUUUGCCAGAAGAAUUUCAAUUGAUUAUGUUAAUAUAUGGAGUAAAGCAGGUUGAAAAUUUGACAUUACUGUCAGCUCAAACUUACCGUAAGGUUAUCCUUAAGUCUUGUCCACAGACAGCUCUCUGUGUAGAUUGGCAUCUGUUUGCUGGCAGUUUGAGAUAACACAAAUUAAAUGACAGAACCUGUCGCUUUACUGACACCUGAACUGGAACAAAGUACAUUUUAUGCAGUUAAGACUUACCUCUACACCAGAGACACAGUUUUAGUUAAUAGCCUGAAGGCUGAUACAUAAACUAUGUCAAAUACUUUUGGCUACUGCUCAGCUGUAGGCUGAACCAGACUGCUGCAUUACUUGCUUACGGAGGUGGGAGAAUAUGAAACUAAACACACAUGAAUAGGCAGUUUUAUUUUUGGUUCAUUUUUAAUGUCUCAUUUAAAAUCUUCGAGGACAAAAACAUGAAAAUUUUCAUUUCUUAAAAUACAUUUAGUAAUAUUAUUAUUAUUAAUUAAUAAUUAAGUAACUAUUUUAUGUUAAUCAUGACUAAAAGUACAAAUAUUUUAUAUCGUGCUGAUUAUCUGCCUGAUAUCCACGAGAUACACAUAACUUCUGUUAAAUACAACACAUAAUGAUUCAAUUGUCUUAGACAGCUAUAAUCAAAGUAAAUUUAAGCACAAAUGUAAUUUUUUAUCAUUGAUUUGGAGGUGACUUGACAAAGAAUGUAAAAUGUUUGUGUGAAUUUGUUCCAUUAAUCAUUAUGUCCUCUUUACACAACCUAUUUUUAUCAGUAAAAAGCUACACUUUAGGGGAAAGUCAUGGCAUCAGACGGUGGCUUUCCGGCAAGUUUUUAUGGUGAACCGGGUGUCCUUGGGCUCCUGGCCAAUGGCAUCAGUGCUUUCCUUGUGCUACUGCAGAACUUCCAUGGGGCCAGGACUGGUGUUCCUGCAGAAGGAGUGGAGAAUAUAUUAGCAGGUGUCCAUCUUAUUCUAAUUGGUGGGCUGUGUCAGCUUGUGGCAGGCUUGCUGUCCUUCCGAAAAUAUGACCAUCUAAGUGGAACGUCAUUUGUAGGAUAUGCAGCUCUGUGGGCGAGCUAUGGGGCCACAAGAAUUUAUCUCGGUGCUAACCAACAAAGUCCAAACCCAUUCAAUGAAUCAUCAAUGGCAAAUAGUACAUUUCUAGAUAUGAACACAAACACAGGCAGUAUCAAUACAACUGACAUUCCCUUGUACAUCAAGGAGUCUGCCAUCGCUGGGCUGGUCCCUUACAUCCUGCUUUCCUUCCUUCUGGCCUUUUGUUCAGCAACAGUAAAUUAUAUAAUGCCCUUUGUGUUUGGUGCCAUCACUCUCACGCUCAUAUUUGAAGCUGUGGGUCUAGUAGCAGGGUGGGCAUUAGUUGUCUCUGGCAUUCUGGAGCUUCUAAUCUUGCUCUUUGCCAUAUAUGGCUCAUCAGCGCUGCUAAUCAAAGGACUGACCCAACGUUAUGUGCUAAAGGGUUUUGGAAACCCUCUCUUUAACGUGCUGCUUCUAGGAACCACCAAUGCCGGCAGCUCCCAAAGCCUAGGUCAAGAGAAAAAGAAGAAUACAAAAUAUGCUGAACCAAUGGCUUUGGGAUUCUUCUGCGACACAGUCUCACCAUUUAUUUUCGCCUUUUAUGCCUUCCAUUACUUCCCAUCAAACUCGGUAGCUGCUAUCUGGAUAACCAUAAAUUCCGCUGCUCAACUUUUAUCCAGCUAUUAUGCGUAUCUGCGUCAAGACUGCUACCAUGCUACCAAAUUUGGCCUACACUGCAUGUUUUGGUUGGUGAAGACCUGGGAAGAAUAUGUGGUGUCUGCAACCACUGGCCAAAUCGAAGCCGAUAAUGUAAGACCUGCCAUGGUUGGCAACUGGUUCUUCUUGUCUGCUGCCUUGGUUUUCUGCAUCGCGAGUCUAAACAAAGACACACUUGAGCUAAUCCACAAUUCAUUUUUUGCCCUGGUGACAAUAUCAACCAUAUCCCAGAUUCCAGUCAAGCAUUACUACAUGUUUUUUGGAGUGGCCUGCUCUCUGUUCACUCUCCUGUCCUUCUAUGGCACCUUUGCACGCCUUAUCAAUACCAUUGCUGAGAAGUCCUUGAUUCCAGUUGGACCCCAACCUGUCUCCAAUGAAUCCCUGCAGAAACAUCUCAGUUACCUCAAGAAAUCUAAACUGAUUGAGCCUGAGGAUAAAGGUGCACAGAUCCCCGAUGCUUUAUUCUACCUCUGCAAUGGGUUGGCUGCGCUCUCAGCUAUUCACAAUAAUCAGUCCAACCUGGCCUUUUUCGACCUAACUGUUCCUUGGGUGCUCAUCCCAGGAGCCAUUAUGCAGGCCUACAUCAGUCGACUACAAGUACAAGGUGGCCAGAAAUUCGGCUCUGUUGUUCCAUCCUUCUAUGUGGCUAUUUGGGCAACUUGGUGCUGGUUUCGGUUUGCAGGACAUCGCUUGCAAUUAUCCACAGAGUCAGCAUACGGAUUUGCUGCUGGUGCUAUAGCAUUCCUGGUCAUCAAUGCUUUCUUGAUUCUAGUUGCUGCCUAUGGCAAUCUUGUUAACUUGGCAUUGAUCACUGUCAUGGAGGUCAUCAUAGUUUGUUUUCUUCUCUCUACUCUUGGAAGGCUUCCCUAUCAACUAGAAGUUGCCAUGCUAGCAAUUUUUGCCAUCAUAUGUUUAUAUGGAAUGCUAGCAUCACUUGUGAAUGGCAUGUUCUCCAAGACUCUGAUACCAGUAGGACCUGCCCUUAUUAAGGACAAGAAAAAGAACAAAUCCGAGACCACGUAUCCAUGUUUAAUUGCUAAUUCCCGGGAAACCAGCGGACUCCUUAAGAUCGCAAAACUGUUGGAAAACAAUGGAGUGUGUGGUAUUCCUACAGACACUGUCUAUGCCUUGGCUGCUUCAUGCAAGAACCCCAGUGCAAUUGAGAAGAUCUACACUAUCAAAGACCGUCCUGCAGAGAAGCCAAUAUGUAUCUGUAUCUCAAGCGUGGAGCAGCUAGUAGCAGCUAAACCUCCCUUCAGCCCUCUGCUGUGGGAGUUCAUGAGGAACGUCUAUCCAGGAGGAAUUAGCUGCAUUGUUCCAAAGGGAGAUUGGCUCCUCAAACUCGGUGUGGGUCCUGCGUAUGACCGUGUGGGGACGAGAGAAAGCAUUAUGAUCAGAGUUCCUGACCACACCGCUACUGCUCACUUGUGCGAAUUCACUGGUCCAUUGGCCAUUACAUCUGCCAACCCAAGUGGAGAAGCUGACAGUACUCACCAUGAUAUGGUCAUCAAUCGUCUUGGCCACAAGAUUGAAGGAGUCCUCUGUGAUGGAGAAUCUAAUGAGGUGGUGGCGUCAACUGUAGUGAACUGCUUGAAAAUAGAUGAAGGGGCUAUCAGUAUUCUUCGUGAAGGUUGUGUGCCUGCACUGAAAGUAAGGCAAAUCUUCGAACGAGUGAAAAACAGCAUGCUUUAGGUUUACUGUCAUCGGAUUUGACAGCACCUCCUGUUUCUUUGGUUAAUGGAAGAAUGUUUUAGACUGCACAUUAAGAACACUUGACAUGUAAAUAGAUACAUUUUGGAUCUUGCUUUACUGCAUUAUUAAUUAUUCUGAGCAAGAAUCCACAUAUUGAAGUUGACAUUAUUCGUUCAAAUUAAGUAAGCAUUAGCUACCUUACUGCAGGUCAUUGUCGAAAAAAUGUUGUUGUUAUUAUUGUAUGAAGGUUUAAAAAGAUGUAAUAUUAAAGUGUUUUAUUAAUGUAUUGUUAUUUAUGUAUUAUUUUAAUGGUUUAUGCCUUUGCUAAAUGUAAAUAUACGGAAAAGCUAUGAAAUGUUCAGUGAAAACAUGAAGGAAUGUGGAUUUAAAUUAUCUUUGCAUAUGCUUAUGUAUAUUAUAAACAAUUUAAAUGAUGACAUGUUUGAGGAAUUUCUGUUUUGAGAAGUGAUGUAUGAAUGAUUGUCUAAUAAAGUACUCUAACAAAGA